AUGGCAUGCGAGGCUUUCUUUGGUUAUACCAAAGAUAACAACUGUAGAAAUCCUGGGCGAUCACAGAGUAGCGCUUGGUGCUAUGCCAUAUCAGAUAAUGGUUAUGAGCAUUGUUUUAUUCCACAGUGUCGUUUACUUUUAAAGAAUCGAGAAUUAACUCGACCUUUGAUGAUACAGAAAGACAAAUUAUCUUCAACUGUCAGAAAAAUGUCAAGUGCAUACGAUCCUCGAAUAUCUAGCCAGAAUAUCGGCGCGGUUUCAGUCGCUUUAGUUUUAGGCACCAUUUUCAUAAUUAUGUAA